GUUUAAAAUCGCCGGGAAAAUCAGAUCUCUCACUGGAGAUGGCGACGGUGAAGAAGGCGGAGGAGAUGGUGGAGAGGGUGAUGAAAGGGAACGAUGCUUCACACGACGCCUCGCACGUGUGGAGGGUCAGAUCUCUCGCCCUCUCUCUCGCCCGCGACGAAGGCCUCUCCGCUAACCCCGACUCCAUGGAAAUCGUUGAGCUUGCAGCUCUUCUCCAUGAUAUAGGUGAUUACAAAUACAGGAGAGACCCUUCGGAGGAGAAGCUUGUAGAGAAUUUCCUUAACGAGGAGUGUGUAGAAGAGGGCAAGAAGAUGAAGAUUCUAAAGAUCAUCGAGGGAAUGGGGUUUAAGGAUGAGCUGGCCGGGUCAUCAACUGUUGAAUCUCUUCCAGAAUUUGGUGUGGUUCAAGAUGCUGAUCGUCUUGAUGCCAUUGGCGCUAUAGGAAUUGCUCGUUGCUUCACAUUCGGUGGAAGCAGAAACCGAGUUCUUCAUGAUCCUGAAAUCAAGCCCCGAAUGGAGCUAACCAAAGAUCAGUACAUGAAGAAAGAGGAGCAGACUACCGUUAAUCACUUCCAUGAGAAGCUCCUCAAGCUGAAGGACCUGAUGAAAACCGAGGCGGGUCGAAGAAGGGCCAAGAAAAGGCACGAGUUCAUGGUGGAGUUUCUCAAGGAGUUUUACGAGGAGUGGGAAGGGAGAGCAUGAAGGAAAGCUUAGAGACAGAAGAGGCAUUAAACCCGUUAU